AUAUUUAAAGAGAAUGAUCUCCAUUGCAUAAAGUACUUCCAAUGGCAGUCUUUGAUUUUUGUCAUCACGCUUCCAUGCAGAGUUUAUUGGGGUUUUGUUUAAUGGUUGUAAUCUUGUUUUUAAAAUGUUUUUUAUGUUUUAAAUACGGCUUUUGUGUUACUGUCAGUGUAUCACACUCAUGGUUACCAUCUCAGGAGAUGUCUUUCUUAACAUUUAAGUAACAGUAGGGUUGUUGUGGAGUGUUUGGGCUUCAUCUUUUCUAUUUCUCUGAAGACAUUCUUCCUAAGAUAAUACCUUCUUACAUAUGGAAAUCAUUUACUACUUAUUCUUCUCUGCCAGAAUUUGGUCACAGGUUCCAUCCACUAAAAUGUCUUCACUUUUUUUUUCUAAUCCCACCAGAGAAGUUUUUCCUUCAUUUUACUUGGGUUUAUGGGUCCGUAUGGACAACAGCAGAGUAAUUUUCACCCUGCUUUCUGUUCUCAUGUCACAUACGGGUCACUAAGAGCUGAGAAUCAUAACUGCAGAAGAAUCUCCUUAAUGCUGUUCUCCUCUGUUUAAUAAAUGCUGGGUAGAUUUGGACAAUUUCAACAAAUCUAGCAGGAGUCUUCUCAGAAGUGACUGGAAUAACAAAUAUGUGUGAAGAUGAUAUUGUUUCACUUAGAUUUUUUUUUUAAGUGACCUUGUUUACAGGAGCAUUGUAUGUUGUUGCAGCAUACGUUCUAUAGAAAUCAGGAAAGAUUCUAAUUAAUAGAGCAGAAUUCUUUUUGAAGCUGUAAAUGUGCCUUUCUUGUGCAGAUAGCAUAAACAUUGUGUGUUUUCUUGUUUGCUUUGAUGUGAUCAAUCACAUGGUGGUGUAGGCUGUUACCAGCCAGUCAUACAACUUAUCUGAGUUUGGGCAUUUUGCUAAAAACUCUGCUGAAGUUUAGGACCUGAAAUUACAGGUUGUUGUUUUUUUUUUAACCUCCUUUCUUUUUGGUUCUGAGGCCAUUACAAACGUGUUGCUGGGGACACCUAUUUCAGAACAAUCACUCACUGAAUUUGAUUAUUGAUUAUUUCCUCUAAUUUUUUUAGUCUUCCUUACUCUGUUAGUUGCAUCAUUCAGCCCUUUAUGUAACCUGCUCCUGCCCCAUGCACGCAUACAGCUGGCAGAAUUAGACAUGCAAAGCAGGCAAGGGUGUCGAACACUCUGCUGUGGAGUACACAGCUUUCUCACACGUGCAGUUUGCAAUGGAUGAUUCUUUCAAUCACAAAUAGAAAAGCACUCACUUCUGUAAUGUCAUUUUGUAGAGAAUAAGCGUGAGUUACAUGUCAGAUGGAUUCAACGCAGACAGGAUUAAGUAGAUAAAAGCAAAUUUAUACUUGUGAUAGUAGAGUGACUGAAAGCAGCCAAGAAGGGCUUACCAGUUUUUGUAAGGAUUUUGAGAAGUGCUUGUUGUUACUUGAUGUUAAGCAUCUGGGAUUCAACCCUUCAACUUUCUCCAAUUACAAAAGUGAAAAAAAAAAAGAAGAAGAGGAAACUCUGAGUAGUUUCUCCCCAGUUUUACUGGAAAAAUCACGGAACUACUUCACCUGUAAUACUUAUGUCUAAAAACUGUUUUCAGAGGCCGAAUCACAAGACUCCACAGCAGAAGAGGGCCUAACAGAUGCCAUACAGGAACUUUUUCUUUCAGAUAAAGAUGGGGCGCAGACUUCCUGGCCAGGAAGAGUGGAGAAGGAGACACCAAGGAGAUGCAGAAGAGACGUAAGAGCCUCUCACUGCCCAGGAUUGAUCAGUGUGGAGAGGUUAGGCAGUCCAUUGCUGCUGACUACGAGAGCAUCUGUGAACAGCAGCCCAUUGGCAAGAGAUUCUUCAGAGACUUCUUAGAGACAGUUCCAGAAAAUUUGGUAGCUAGGGAUUUCUUGGAUGAGGUGUCAAACUGGGAGUUGGCAGAGGACAACAUCAAGAGCAGUACCAUGGAGAAUAUUAUCACCAACUUUCUUAAGACAGGCUCCAAAAAUUAUUUGUCUUUCAUGAGCUCUGACUUGGUCAGCAAAUGCCAGGCAGCCACUGAGAAGGACUAUGAGAAUGUUAUACAGCUGGCUAGAGAUGAAACCAAACUCUUCCUUCAAGGCAAGCCCUUCCAGGACUUCCAGACUAGCCCCUUCUAUGACAAAUUCCUCCAAUGGAAAGUUUUUGAAAAGCAGCCAGUAACUGAGAAAUACUUCUAUGAGUUCCGAGUGCUGGGCAAAGGAGGCUUCGGAGAGGUUUGUGCCAUUCAGGUGAAAAAUACUGGCAAGAUGUAUGCCUGCAAAAAACUAGAUAAGAAAAGACUGAAAAAGAAAAGUGGAGAGAAGAUGGCGCUACUGGAGAAAGAAAUCCUGGAGAAAGUCAACAGCCCUUUCAUAGUCACAUUAGCUUAUGCCUAUGAGAGCAAAACUCAUCUGUGUCUUGUCAUGAGCCUCAUGAAUGGAGGUGAUCUGAAAUAUCACAUCUACAAUGUAGGACAAAGGGGUUUAGAAUUGAACAGGGUCAUUUAUUACUCAGCUCAGAUCACCUGUGGGAUUCUGCAUCUUCAUUCCAUCAAGAUCAUUUACCGGGACAUGAAACCGGAAAAUGUCCUCCUGGAUGAUAACGGAAACUGCAGACUGUCUGAUCUUGGAUUGGCAGUGCAAGUCAAAGAGGGAAAAUCCAUCACUCAGAGGGCUGGGACAAAUGGUUAUAUGGCUCCAGAAAUCCUGAAGGAAGAAAGUUACAGCUAUCCUGUGGACUGGUUUGCUAUGGGAUGUAGUAUUUAUGAGAUGAUUGCUGGGCGAACACCAUUCAAGAAUUUCAAAGAAAAGGUCGAUAAGGAUGAGGUUAAACGAAGAACUCUGGAAGAUGAGGUGAAAUUUGAACAUGCCAACUUUACAGAGGAAACAAAAGAUAUUUGCCGACUGUUUUUGGCUAAGAAACCAGAGAAUCGUUUAGGAAGCAGAAAUGAAGAUGAUGACCCAAGAAAACAUAGCUUCUUCAAAACAAUAAAUUUCCACAGGCUAGAGGCGAACCUUAUUGACCCUCCAUUUGUGCCAGAUCCAUCAGUUGUCUAUGCCAAAGAUGUUGCAGACAUUGCUGAUUUCUCUGAAAUACGAGGAAUUGAGUUUGAUGACAAAGACAAGAAGUUCUUCAAAAAAUUUGCGACUGGUGCUGUCCCUAUACCCUGGCAGGAAGAAAUCAUUGAAACUGGACUGUUUGAAGAACUGAACGAUCCUAACAGGGUAGAUUCUGGCGGAUAUGCAAAUGGAGGUGAAGCUAAGUCAGGAGUUUGUUUGUUGUUGUAAAUAUCAGAUUGUUACCAAAAAGAUUAGAAACAACUGCAGAACUUUCCGUAUUCUGACACUGCUUCAGAAAUUCAGUGCAUCUGUUUAAGAAGAACUAAUCAGUGUAAUAUGGCAUUGACAGGCCGUGUAGACCACAAGCUGUAUUGACCGUAUUAGUUUCCUUUAUCCUAGCAAGGGAGAUAAUACUUUCGUUUUACUGGAGACUUAAUCAAGAUGGACUGUAUUUCUGUAAGGAGCUUAGAAUGAUAGAAAUUCUGAAAUACAAAAAGCAGUCAUAGAGUGAAGAGGCAUCUCCUUUGCAGUGUUACUGACUCUACCAUUUUGAAUACAAUAAUUUAUUGACUUUCUGUCUAUUUCCUUGUCGUUUCUAUUAAUGUUUCCUCUUUGUUCUACAGUUUUCAGGAUAUACUUUUUAAUAUUUGGGUAAUAUUAGACAACAGACUCAAAGCCUAGGUCAAACUUGGAUGCUUAUUGGUUAGCCAGUCUGUCUUGUUUUCCUAAUUUCUGUUAGAUUUUUGGUUGGUUUGAUUGCCAUUGAAUGUAAAAGAAGGCUUUACAGGUGGCUGUAAAAUGGGACCUUCAGGAUCAAAUUUUUUCAAAGCUGAUUUUAACAGAGUGAAGAGAAGCAUGCCCCAGUUUAAUUGAAUAAAACGUUUAUUAGGCAUAUUAUGUA